AGUCUCCCACACACCGCUCACUGGCAAGCUUCACCAUGGCAGCCCAGAAUGGAAAUGCUAGUUUUCCAACCAACUUCAGUAUACCCCAAGAACAUGCCUCCUCCCUCCCCUUCAACUUCAGUUAUGGUGAUUAUGACCUCCCUCUGGAUGAGGAUGAGGAUAUGACCAAGACUCAGACCUUCUUUGCAGCCAAGAUUGUUAUUGGGGUGGCACUUGUGGGUAUCAUGCUGACUUGUGGUAUUGGCAACUUUGUCUUUAUCACUGCCCUCACCCGCUAUAAAAAGCUGCGCAACCUCACCAACCUGCUUAUUGCUAACCUGGCCAUCUCCGACUUCCUGGUAGCCAUCAUCUGCUGCCCCUUUGAGAUGGACUACUAUGUGGUGCAUCAGCUCUCCUGGGAGCAUGGCCAUGUGCUAUGUGCCUCUAUCAACUACCUGCGUACCGUCUCACUCUACGUCUCCACCAACGCCCUGCUGGCCAUUGCUAUUGACAGAUAUCUCGCUAUCGUUCACCCCUUGAAACCACGAAUGAAUUAUCAAACAGCCUCCUUCCUGAUCGCUUUGGUCUGGAUGGUAUCCAUUCUCAUCUCCAUCCCAUCAGCCUACUUCACAAAGGAAACCGUCCUCUUCAUUGUCAAAAACCAGAAAAAGAUCUUCUGCGGCCAGGUCUGGCCAGUGGACCAGCAGCUCUACUAUAAAUCCUACUUCCUCUUUGUCUUUGGCAUCGAAUUCCUGGGCCCCGUGGUCACCAUGACCCUGUGCUAUGCCAGGAUCUCCCAGGAGCUCUGGUUCAAAGCAGUCCCGGGUGUCCAGACUGAACAGAUCCGGAAGCGGCUGCGCUGCCGCCGGAAGACGGUACUGGUACUCAUGUGUAUCCUCACGGCCUAUGUUCUGUGCUGGGCGCCCUUCUAUGGCUUCACAAUCGUGCGCGACUUCUUCCCCACUGUGUUCGUGAAGGAAAAGCAUUACCUCACAGCCUUUUACGUUGUGGAGUGCAUCGCUAUGAGCAACAGCAUGAUCAACACCGUGUGCUUCGUGACAGUGAAGAACACCACCAUGAAGUACUUCAAGAAAAUGCUGCUGCUCCACCGGCGGCCCUCCCACCAUGGGAGUAAGUCCAGUGCUGACCUCGACCUCAAAACCAGUCGCCUGCCGGCCACGGAGGAGGUGGAUUGUAUCAGGCUGAAGUGACCCACUGGUAUUUCACCAUUGAAAAUCCAAAAGCCAGUACUUGGAGCACAGUUUAUCAAUAACCAAGUUCACAGGCUGCAUGGGGAAAGGGCAACUGUUUUCACACUUCGCUGCUCUAAAGGAUCUGGAUGCUUCUGCAGUCAUAAAAUGCAGUGCGGCUUGACACAAACCACAGCAGCUAACAUUUACUGAUACCUGCUCAACGUACUGUACACAAGGACACCAGCGAGAUUAAAGAGCAACAGGAGCCGACACUGACUGAUUACCUACUAUGUGUAAAAAUAUUUAAAUAGCAAAAUGAAUUGGCAGAAGUCAUUGGAGUCAUUGAGUUAUAUCUAGAUAUUUAGGUGUCAGAGGCCGCAGUUGGUCUUCUAGAUUCAUACUUCAUCUUACCUCAUUCUGUAUCCAGUCAGUGCAGGAAAGUCAAAAGCCAACAGAAUAUAGAACAAUGGAGAUAAAAGCAUGAGUUACAGUGUGGGGUUUACAGCCUCAUGGGGAGACAGUUCACGCCAUCCCAAUGAGCUUUUUCACUCAGAUCUUAUGAUUUCCUUAGAACAUUCUCUUGGAUUCUGGUUGCCAGAAAAGAAUUUUUCUCAUAAUCAGGUCAUUAGUUAUCUAUAAUGGUGUCAUUUCAAAGAAAAGAACCAAAAAAUUUCUUUUCCUCUGAUCCUUGAAAGUUCAUCAUUCUUUUGGGUGAAGACACAAUCCUGAAAUGAGGAACACAAUCCAGUUCCUGACACCUUAAAGUAAGUGAUGUCAGAAACUCCAGUAUCAAGGACAAAGGGGUGCAGUUUGCCACUGGCAACGAAUGUAAUCUGUGUGGCCAUUUUGCUAAGGCCUGAGCCAUUUUUCUAGAACACACUGUCUUUUUCAAAGAUGAGCUCUACUUGGAAUUCAAAGGCCUGGGUUCAAGUUCUAAAUCACGUGACCUAGGUGCUUAUUCUCUCUGCAUCUCAGUUUUGUUCAAUAAAACAAGACUACCUUACAAGACUGUUGGGAGAGACCACUGAAGUCAUAGUUUAUGAAAGUGAUUUUCAGCUAUACAAGUGACGAGAAUGGAUAACUGACAUUGAGCAGUUUGUUUGGACCCCAUCCACUGUGGCUUAUUAUGAAGAAACACUCCCACUUUUUCAUCCUUAUUCUAUGAACCAGUGAGCCCUGAACUCUUUGCAGAUCUCUGAACUCUACAUCAGGAGAAAAAAAAGUAUCCUUGUCCUGGGUUAUAAUCAGGAAGAUUCGACCUCAGAAUCUCGGUAACCCCCUCCCCUGACUUUCAGUAUCCCUGUGAUCAUAGAAGUGUUUUGACAAUCUUCCCUGAACGUUGCCAAACAACAUGCCCCAGAGUUGCCUAAAUCUGUUUGUAUUAUCACAUAUCUGUGGUAAUUGUAUAUAUUUAUCCUCAUUUCUUCUGGAUUCAUUUUGAAGCAGAGACUAUACAAAUGGGAACUGAUUUGGGAUUGACUCAAAUGACCCACAUUUGGACAGUUCCCGCUUUCUGUAGUUAAAGUGUUAUUUAAUUGUU